CGGCGCACGUCAGCGGCGGCGCGCGCCUGGCUGGGCCCUGCAGAGCGGGAGGGAAGGAGCGAAGGAGCAAGCGGAGCUGCCGUCGCCCAAGCCGAGACGCGCUGCCAGCCCUCCCGCCCGCCCGCCCGCGCUCCUGUCCGCCGUGUCUAGCAGCGGGGCCCAGCAUGGUCAUGGCGGAUGGCCCGAGGCACUUGCAGCGCGGGCCGGUCCGGGUGGGGUUCUACGACAUCGAGGGCACGCUGGGCAAGGGCAACUUCGCCGUGGUGAAGCUGGCGCGGCACCGGAUCACCAAGACGGAGGUGGCAAUAAAAAUAAUCGAUAAGUCUCAGCUGGAUGCAGUGAACCUUGAGAAAAUCUACCGAGAAGUACAAAUAAUGAAACUGUUAGACCACCCUCACAUCAUCAAACUUUAUCAGGUUAUGGAGACCAAAAGUAUGUUGUACCUUGUGACAGAAUAUGCCAAAAAUGGAGAAAUUUUUGACUAUCUUGCUAAUCAUGGCCGGCUAAAUGAGUCUGAAGCAAGGAGAAAAUUCUGGCAAAUCCUGUCUGCUGUUGAUUAUUGUCAUGGUCGGAAGGUUGUGCACCGUGACCUCAAAGCUGAAAAUCUCCUGCUGGAUAACAACAUGAAUAUCAAAAUAGCAGAUUUCGGUUUUGGAAAUUUCUUUAAAACUGGUGAACUGCUGGCAACAUGGUGUGGCAGCCCCCCUUAUGCAGCCCCAGAAGUCUUUGAAGGGCAGCAGUAUGAAGGACCACAGCUGGACAUUUGGAGUAUGGGAGUUGUUCUUUACGUCCUUGUCUGUGGAGCUCUGCCCUUUGAUGGACCAACGCUUCCGAUUUUGAGGCAGAGGGUUCUGGAAGGAAGAUUUCGGAUUCCAUAUUUCAUGUCAGAAGAUUGCGAGCACCUUAUUCGAAGGAUGUUGGUCCUAGAUCCAUCCAAACGGCUAACCAUAGCUCAAAUCAAGGAGCAUAAAUGGAUGCUCAUAGAAGUUCCUGUCCAGAGACCUGUUCUCUAUCCACAAGAGCAAGAAAAUGAGCCAUCCAUCGGGGAGUUUAAUGAGCAGGUUCUGCGAUUGAUGCACAGCCUUGGAAUAGAUCAGCAGAAAACCAUUGAGUCUUUGCAGAACAAGAGCUAUAACCACUUUGCUGCCAUUUAUUUCUUGUUGGUGGAGCGCCUGAAAUCACACAGGAGCAGUUUCCCAGUGGAGCAGAGACUUGAUGGCCGCCAGCGCCGGCCUAGCACCAUUGCUGAGCAAACGGUUGCCAAGGCACAGACUGUGGGGCUCCCAGUGACCGUGCAUUCACCCAACAUGAGGCUGCUGCGAUCUACCCUCCUCCCCCAGGCAUCCAACGUGGAGGCCUUUUCAUUUCCAGCAUCAGGCUGUCAGGCGGAAGCAGCAUUCAUGGAAGAAGAGUGUGUGGACACUCCAAAGGUAAACGGCUGUCUGCUUGACCCUGUGCCUCCUGUCCUAGUACGGAAGGGAUGCCAGUCACUGCCCAGCAACAUGAUGGAGACCUCCAUUGAUGAAGGGCUGGAGACAGAAGGAGAGGCCGAGGAAGACCCCACUCAUGCCUUCGAGGCCUUUCAGUCCACACGCAGUGGGCAGAGACGGCAUACUCUGUCAGAAGUGACCAAUCAACUGGUCGUGGUGCCUGGGGCAGGGAAAAUUUUCUCCAUGAACGACAGCCCCUCCCUUGACAGUGUGGACUCUGAGUAUGAUAUGGGGUCUGUUCAGAGGGACCUGAACUUCCUGGAGGAUAACCCUUCCCUUAAGGACAUCAUGUUAGCCAAUCAGCCCUCACCCCGCAUGACAUCUCCCUUCAUAAGCCUGAGACCUACCAACCCAGCCAUGCAGGCUCUGAGCUCCCAGAAACGGGAGGUCCACAACAGGUCUCCAGUGAGCUUCAGAGAGGGCCGCAGAGCAUCGGAUACCUCCCUCACCCAAGGAAUUGUAGCAUUUAGACAACAUCUUCAGAAUCUGGCUAGAACCAAAGGAAUUCUAGAGUUGAACAAAGUGCAGCUGUUGUAUGAACAAAUAGGACCAGAGGCAGACCCUAACCUGGCACCAGCAGCUCCUCAGCUCCAGGACCUUGCUAGCAGCUGCCCUCAGGAGGAAGUUUCUCAGCAGCAGGAAAGCGUCUCCACUCUCCCUGCCAGCGUGCAUACUCAGCUGUCCCCACGGCAGAGCCUGGAGACCCAGUACCUGCAGCACAGACUCCAGAAGCCCGGCCUCCUGUCAAAGGCACAGAACACCUGUCAGCUUUAUUGCAAAGAACCACCACGGAGCCUUGAGCAGCAGCUGCAGGAACACAGGCUCCAGCAGAAGCGACUCUUUCUCCAGAAGCAGUCUCAACUGCAGGCAUAUUUUAAUCAGAUGCAGAUAGCAGAGAGCUCCUACCCACAGCCAAGUCAGCAGCUGCCCCUUUCCCGCCAGGAGACUCCACCGCCUUCUCAGCAGGCCCCGCCGUUCACCCUGAGCCCGGUCCUGGAGCCUUCCUCUGAGCAGAUGCAAUACAGCCCUUUCCUCAGCCAGUACCAGGAGAUGCAGCUUCAGCCCCUGCCCUCCACUUCAGGUCCCCGGGCUGCUCCUCCGCUGCCCACACAGCUACAGCAGCAGCAGCCACCACCGCCACCACCACCGCCACCACCACGACAGCCAGGAGCUGCCCCAGCCCCCUUACAAUUCUCCUAUCAGACUUGCGAGCUGCCAAGCGCUGCUUCCCCUGCUCCAGACUAUCCCACUUCCUGUCAGUAUCCUGUGGAUGGAGCCCAGCAGAGCGACCUCACGGGGCCAGACUGUCCCAGAAGCCCAGGACUGCAGGAGGCCCCCUCCAGCUAUGACCCACUAGCCCUCUCUGAGCUACCUGGACUCUUUGAUUGUGAAAUGCUAGACGCUGUGGAUCCACAACACAACGGGUAUGUCCUGGUGAAUUAGUCUCAGCACAGGAAGUGAGGUGGGUCAGGCAACGGAAGAGUGUAUGUUUCUAUUUUUAUUCCAGCCUUUUCAAUUUAAAGCUUAUUUUCUUGCCCUCUCCCUAAUGGGAGAAAUCAAGUCACCCAAUGGAAUCAGAGGGCCUGUUGGGGUGGAUGUUGCUUCCUCCUGGUUCUGCCCCACCACAAAGUUUUCUGUGGCAAGUGCUGGAACAUAGUUGUAGGCUGAGGCUCAUGCCUUAAUGUCAAGUGGAGCAAGCUCUCAAGGGAGGCACUGACAAAUGUGUUCCUAAGAAGACAUUCAGACCCAGGUUUUAUGCCGGAUUACAUCAGUUUAUUAUCAAGGGCAACCUUGGUGAAAGCAGAAAAGGUGUGUGCUAUGGCAUAUAUAUGGGGGAAAAAAGGCAAUAUAUUUUUUCACUGAAGGUGAGCAACAACAUAUUGCUACAAGGCAAAUCAAGAAGACAUCAGGAGAUCGGGUGCACAGGGAAUAAAGGAAAGCUGUGCUUUGUCAUUGAAUCCUAAGUUCUUACCUGCUGAUGCAAGUUAUCACCCAAGGCCAUCACAAAGCAGUGGAUCGGGGCCACUAAAUAACAGCUGGUACCCCUGAGACCACCUUCAUGUCCAUUCAGGAGCAGGUGACACACCUCUUCAGAAGGUGCCCUGGGUUGCCGACUGUCAGAAUGUACUCAGGACUCCAAAGGUGUCACACGUAGAACUGACAGGAGACCUGCCACAGUGGAGGCAGGGGGCAAGAAACUCAAGAAAGCAUCAAGAGCACCAGCCCUGGGCCAGGGAAGGCAGGCUCUUCCUGCAGUCUCUCUUGGACACUGCUGGCUUGGGGGCAGUCGGUCUCCAGGGUACCUGUUGUCUCUUUUCCAAUGUAAUAACUACUUUGACCUUACACUAUAUGUUGCUAGUAGUUUAUUGAGCUUUGUAUAUUUGGACAGUUCCAUAUAGGGCUUAGAGAUUUUAAGGACACGAAAAAUGAACUUUUACGUCCCAUGUGAAGUGGUAGUGCUGUGCCUUUCCCCCAGAUCAUGCUUUAAUUCUUUCUUUUCUGUAGAAACCAACAGUUUCCAUUUAUGUCAAUGCUAAAUCCAAAGUCACUUCAGAGUUUGUUUUCCACCAUGUGGGAAUCAGCAUUCUUAAUUUCCUUAAAGUUUUGACUUGUAAUGAAAUGUUCAAGUAUUACAGCAAUAUUCAAAGAACCACAGAUGUGUUAACCGUUUAAGCAGAUCAUCUGCCAAACUCGUUAUAUUACUAAUAAAACUUAACCAGUGCUUACAAUUCAGUCAUCAAAGUAAGUGAAAAAUAGAUGCUAUAGCUAGCUAACUGUAUCCCUAGAAGUGAUGAGUAAUUUGUCAUUUGGACAGUUAACAUCCAGGUGUUACAAAUUCAGUGUUAAUUCAAAGAUGAUAGUUUCUGCCCUUCAGAAUGGCUCGUUCCAUCAGCAGAUGAAUGUGUUAAGCACAAAGCAUCUUCUUUAAAGCACAGAGUCUAACUGAUGCUGCAUCUAGAAAACACCUUUAAGUUGCCUUUCCUCUUUGUAGUUAGUGUCCAGGCAGGUGAGGAAGUAUGGAAAGCCUAAGGGGUUCCAUUCUGGCCAUGCGAACCCAGCCCCUACCGACGUUAGUAACCUGAGCAGUCCCUGUUGCUGGCCAGAGACUGCCUGGUCGCCAGCCCUCACCAUGGGUGCCAGGACGCUUUGCAGAGGCACUGUGCUCGCAGUUGGACUCUGGAUGUCAGUGGGAAAGGGCAGUAUGGGGACUGUCAUUUUUGUGAUUUAAUCAUACACAGUGAAAAUCCAGGAAGAAUGACUUAAGCUCCUUCUGGGAGUUGUUUAUUCCUACUCAUGCUUAAGAUUGAUGAUUUCGUGAAAUAAAGAACAUGAUUUCAUUUAAGAGAUCAUUUCAUUAAGAUCUCUAAUCUGUUUUGAGUCUUUGCAAAAUAGCCAGUUAUAAAAUGGGGCUUGAUUUGUUUAGACUGAAGGAAGACAUUUUCCCAAGAUAUACUACAGAAGUGCUGCUGCAAUAUUUGCGAUAUUAAAAUGCCUUCCAGAUUGAAAGUGAAGGCCGCUCAUUUCAGAACUGCAGGAAUGGUAUAGUUACAGCGUGAUAUAAACUCCUGCCCCCCAACAAUGCCAUGAGUUGCUUAGUCCAGGAGACCUGGGAGCUAAGGCAGGAUGGUUAGGCUGACAGAUGAGGGACUGCAGAGAGGCUAUUUGAAGGUUAGGGACCCAGAGAGAAAUGGAGAGACACCCUGCAGUAGCCAGGCCCAUCAGGAACCGUCAGGCACAGCAGUGGUGUGAACACCGGCCUGAUGCACAGCAUGAUCCCUCCUGCUGGAACCUGUGUUUUAAGCGCCUAUUUGCUUAUCUCAUUUAUUUCAAGCAGAAAUCAAUAAAUUUCAUAACCCUCUGUAUUGACUGCAAUGUAAGCUGCUGAGGAGACUGGUUCUGUUGGUCAGUCAGGUGUUUGCUCAGCCCUGUUUGAUCACGUCUGCUGCCCUGUCCCCAACUUGUGACCCAUGGAAGCUUCCAAGCAGUUUUCUCUUCAUCAAUACUAAUAUAACACUAAGAAGUCUUAGUACCACUCUUUCUGAGGGGCUACUCUGAAGCACUGACUUGCUUUCCAGUCUGUUUCACAGGAGCAGUGUGUACACUACUGUAUCAUCAUCAUUAGCUUCAUCAUCCUGUAAACCAGGCUCCUCUGAAGAGACUCUGGUGAGAUGAACGUGAGGUAAAAAUUUCAUUCGGCAAAAA